ACCGCCACAGCCGCCCCGGUGCCGCCCCGCCGUGGGCGCGGCCGCUCCCGCCCGCUGCGGCCGCACUUCCGCCAUGGCGGCGGGGCGGGGCUGGGCCGGCAUGGCGGCGCCGGCGGCGCUGCGGCGGUGGUGGAUGUUGGCGCUGGGCGGCCGGACGAGCCGCUGCUCCGCUCCACUGUGCCCAGGCCGAGCGCUGCCGAGGCUCCCGGGCGGCCCUGCCCGCCCCGCUGGCUCCCUGCUGCGCUGGGCGUCGUCCUUCUCCGAGCCGGGCCCGACGGAGAGCGGCCCCAGCGAAGGACAGAUCUUCCUCAGCGAGAGCUGCGUGAAGAGGCUGCUGGAGAUUGCAGAAGGAUCAGAGUUUCUCAGGCUGCAGGUUGAAGGAGGUGGCUGCUCUGGCUUCCAGUACAAGUUUUCCUUGGACACAGUUAUCAAUCCCGAUGACAGGGUGUUUGAACAAGGUGGUGCCCGUGUGGUUGUGGAUGUGGACAGCCUGGCCUUUGUGAAAGGAUCCAUGGUGGAUUUCAGCCAAGAGCUGAUCCGAAGCUCCUUCCAGGUGGUGAGCAACCCCCAGGCAGAGAAGGGUUGCUCAUGUGGAACUUCCUUCUCUAUCAAAAUCUGACUGGACUUACCAUGGAUGGACACUGUUUGCAGACACUUUUGGCAGAGGGUUUAUGUUUGUUCUUUUCUCUGCUGCUCCCUCUCAUCUCCCUUACCCUGUGACACAGCUGUUACAGAAUACUGCAGCUGUGUGUGUGUUUGCACUGAGCCUGUCUCCAAGACUUAUUGGCCUUCCCUUCAGAAACAAUGCCGUAACCAUGAGCACGCACACAGGAGCAUCUUCAGCACCUUGUGAUCCACUGGCCAGGUGGUGCUGACUGGCCAGCCCCGUCCUGAUUGUGGAACUACUUAACUGUCUCUGCAAGAGAAGGCUGUAUAUAUAUGUGUGUGUGUGUGUUUAUUGAAAGGUCUUACUAAAAAAUGUCUGUGAGGUUGA